UCUGCUGCCCAGUCGCACCGCCAGCAGGCUGAGCGCGGCAGGGAGCUACCUAGUGGGGACUACUGGCGACGGGACCGACCCGAGCCGAGCUGUCGCCUUCCUCACGGCCCGCUAUCCAGGUGGAUAAAGCUGUUUCCAUUGUUAGACUGAAAUGAGUUCUAUUUUGAAAUAAAGCUGACACUUUGAUGAAAGGAUUGGGCAUUUUGUCACUUUGUAACCCAGGUGUGUGAACCUGUGAGUUGCUCCAAGAUGAUCUGGGGUGUAUUAAUGAUGGGGAUUCUACUUCCUCAGUGUUCAGCCCAUCCAGGCUUUUUUACUUCAAUUGGUCAGAUGACUGACUUGAUCCAUAAUGAAAAAGACCUGGUGACGUCACUAAAAGAUUACAUUAAAGCAGAAGAGGACAAGUUAGAGCAAAUCAAAAAAUGGGCAGAGAAGUUAGACCGGCUAACGAGUACAGCAACAAAAGAUCCAGAAGGGUUUGUCGGACACCCUGUAAAUGCAUUCAAGUUAAUGAAACGUCUGAACACCGAGUGGAGUGAGUUGGAGAAUCUGAUCCUCAAGGAUAUGUCAGAUGGCUUCAUCUCUAACCUGACCAUUCAAAGGCAGUACUUCCCUAACGACGAAGACCAGGUUGGGGCCGCAAAAGCUCUGUUUCGUCUACAAGACACCUACAACCUGGACACGAAUACCAUCUCGAAGGGCAAUCUUCCAGGAGUGAAACACAAGUCUUUUCUAACAGCUGAGGACUGCUUUGAGUUGGGCAAAGUGGCCUACACAGAAGCAGAUUAUUACCACACAGAACUCUGGAUGGAGCAGGCUCUGAUGCAGCUGGAGGAGGGAGAGAUGUCUACUGUAGACAAAGUCUCGGUUCUAGAUUAUUUGAGCUAUGCAGUGUACCAGCAGGGUGACCUGGAUAAGGCACUUCUGCUUACAAAGAAGCUUCUUGAACUAGAUCCUGAGCACCAGAGAGCCAAUGGUAACUUAGUAUAUUUUGAGUAUAUAAUGAGUAAAGAAAAAGAUGCCAAUAAGUCUGCUUCGGGUGACCAGUCUGAUCAGAAAACUACACCAAAGAAAAAGGGGAUUGCUGUGGACUACCUGCCAGAGAGACAGAAGUACGAAAUGCUGUGCCGAGGGGAGGGUAUCAAAAUGACUCCUCGGAGACAAAAAAGGCUGUUCUGCCGCUACCAUGAUGGAAACCGGAAUCCUAAAUUUAUCCUGGCCCCAGCCAAGCAGGAGGACGAGUGGGACAAGCCUCGCAUCAUUCGUUUCCAUGACAUCAUCUCAGAUGCCGAGAUUGAGAUCGUCAAAGAUUUAGCAAAGCCCAGGCUGAGCCGAGCUACAGUACAUGACCCUGAGACGGGGAAAUUGACCACAGCACAGUACAGAGUAUCUAAGAGUGCUUGGCUGUCUGGCUAUGAAGAUCCUGUGGUGUCUCGAAUUAAUAUGAGAAUACAAGAUCUCACAGGACUGGAUGUUUCCACGGCAGAGGAAUUGCAGGUAGCAAAUUAUGGAGUUGGAGGACAGUAUGAACCCCAUUUUGACUUUGCCAGGAAAGACGAGCCGGAUGCUUUUAGAGAGCUUGGGACAGGAAAUAGGAUUGCCACGUGGCUCUUCUACAUGAGUGAUGUGUCUGCUGGAGGCGCUACUGUUUUUCCUGAAGUGGGAGCCAGUGUUUGGCCCAAAAAAGGCACUGCUGUCUUCUGGUACAAUCUGUUUGCCAGUGGAGAAGGAGAUUACAGUACACGGCACGCAGCCUGUCCCGUGCUAGUGGGAAACAAAUGGGUAUCCAACAAAUGGCUCCAUGAACGUGGACAGGAAUUUCGAAGGCCGUGUACCCUGUCAGAAUUGGAAUGACAACCAGGCUUCCCUUGGCUCCUCUCGUCCUCUAACGCACCAGGCACGAUCGCUGACUGUAACAUUCAGAAGUUUACAGCUGACUAACACUCCAUGAUUAAUUUGGCCGUGAACCCCAUCCCAUGUUUCAUCUGUGGACAAUCACUUAUUUUUGUGAAUUUUUUUUAAAUUAACACUCAGUCACCACAUUGUGUAAAACUUAUGGUUCAGUUAUCACAGGAUACAGGACAUUUAAAAUGAGGAACCUAGUUCUGUUGUUUAAAAGAGCUUUUUGGUUGAUUUAAAAAAAAAAAAAAAAAACCGCAUCCAGUAGUAGAUCUCACCACAUCUCAGGAGCUGGCGGACCGGGGAGGCUGCGGGUGGCGUGCCGAUGCCUGUGCACUGUUCUUCCUCCGCCACUGCGCUUUCUGGAGUGCCAAGCACUCGUAGCUAACUAGGGCCCAGGCCCGUCCUAGGGUUUGCCCUCCGUCUACUCUUCCACAUGCAUAGUUCUUAUAUAAAGAAACUCUUUAUAUCAAAUCCUCCUCCUCACCACUGGUGAAUUCAGCCGGUUUGAGAAAUUACUUUGUUCAAAAAGUCCUGCAGAACUGGCCUCAUAACUAAAUGCUCAGACGUAGACCUUUUCUUCAGUGACUAUGGUGUCCAGAGACUGUUCCAAGUGCCACUCCCCUGCCGUGUAUUCAGCUGCAGCAGGUGAUGAUGUUGGCUUUCUGACUAAAUUCUGUGCCUUAGGAGACUGGGAGUAAUGAAACGGACAGGUCCUUGUAAUGAGGGAGUUGGUUUUUAAAAAGAAAUUUUUUAUAAAAAGCCAAAAUGUUUGUUUUUUCCCAUUCUGAAAUGUGUUAUGAUAACAGUGACCUAUUUAUGAUCUUAAAUCUUUUUUAAAAAAAAAA